GAAGGAAGAACAAUAAUUGGAAAAGACAAGCAAGAUGAAGAAGACACUGAGUUUCGUGAGUUUGACGUAUUUAAUGGCCAUUCAAGGCUAUUAUCAAGGUAAAGUUGACGCUGAAGUGCCCAAAAUAACUGUGUAUAAAUCGCCUCCGAAAUCAAUACAAGCUUUGACUGGAACGGACGUCGUAUUUGAGUGGAAUUUUCGAAUUUCUCAAGUCCAAAAAACACUCAAAGCAAUUUCGUGGUACAAGAUCAUCGCGCGAAAUAACUGGCGGAAUGAGCGAAAACUUAUACAGCGAUUUCUCGACAAAACGACUUCCAAAACAUGCAUUCAUCCCAGGUUAUCUUCAGAACAUAAACAGCGUAUAAGGUGUAUGUUUUCUAAGAGUAACCAAAUGUGGACUACGCAUUGUCGUCUGAGAAGUACGAUGAUGUCGGAUGGAGCUGAAUACGGUUUGUCUGUCGAGUUUAAUGACAGCAAAAUAUUGAAGGGAUUUAAUACGUCGUUCCUGGCUCUUGUGGAUUUGAAACUAGAUACGAAGAAAUCUGAUCACGAAGUAAAGUCUCUUGUGAACAAAACGGUUGUCCUCACUUGCGCGUUUGAAAGAGAAAGAGUUAUCGCAACGCAUUACGAAUGGACGGCAUUUGGUGGAACGAAAGAUCUAACAAACAAACGCAGCUUGUCAUACGGAGGAAAAAAGACCUCCUACACAUUUAUACCAACCUCGGCGAGAGAUUUUGGACAGUACGAGUGCACCAUACGGACAGAUAACACCAAAAUCCAACACGAAAUUAUCUUGAAGCAAUUGCAUUAUCCCGGACCUCCACAAGGUAUGCGACUACAAAAAACAAAUGGAGGCAGAUCAUUCCAACUUUUUUGGAAUCCUCCUAAAUUCGAUGGCGGGACGAGGAUAAUUGGCUACGAUGUUAUCGUUACUCCCGAAAAGCAAAUUUUUACAUCACAGUCUACAGAGCAUUUGUCGGUUGGAGUUAAAGUUCGCGAUCACGGAAACUAUACAAUACAAGUAUGUUCUUUGAACGAAGUAGGGAGAAACCAAACCUCGUGCUCAAGUCCACAUAAAAUAACGAUAGACCAGCUAAAAGGAGCUCAGGAGAAGACAAUACACAAAUCUGUUGUUAUGAUGCCACUCGCGAUUUUUUUGAUGGUUUCUUUGUGUUGAAGAUCAUAGGAACGAUGUCAGAAAAAUCACAGCGGAUUAUGACUGUGCUUCUAUACCAGCAAAGCGAACGUUGGAACAGCGAUAGAUAAGUUCAUUCUUCUCCUCUUUUGUUUCUCGAUAUCAGUUGUGCAUAUUUAUUUGUAACACCUAGGGAAGUCAUGAUGUGUUUGAUUAUAUUAAAAUACAAUAAUACGAUGUCCAUAUA